AAUUGAGGGUUUAUGGUCCAGCAGAGUCUCAGAGUGCGGUCUUUGGAGAUGUGUGCCCCCUACUCACGUCUCUCUUGGAUGGGUACAAUGUUUGUGUUAUGGCGUAUGGACAGACGGGCAGCGGGAAGAGCUAUACCAUGUUGGGACCCCAUUCGGACGACGGCCCUGUGUUGCCGCUUGACCCACAGAGUGACUUAGGAAUUAUCCCUAGAGCAGCUGAGGAGCUCUUCAGGCUCAUUUCGGAAAAUCCCUCAAGAAGCCCAAAGGUUGAAGUCUCCAUAGUGGAAGUUUACAAUAAUGACAUUUUUGACCUUCUGGCCAAAGACACUGUUGCAGCAGUGUCAGGGGUCAAGCGUGAGGUGAUGACAGCCAAGGACGGACGAACAGAGGUUGCGCUGCUGGCCUCUGAGGCUGUCGGCAGCGCCUCAAAACUGAUGGAGCUCGUUCGUGGAGGUCUGCAGCUCAGAGCAAAGCACCCCACCGUGGUGCACGCGGAUUCCUCCAGGUCUCACCUGAUAAUUACGGUGACUCUAACAACAGCCGCCUGCUCUGAUAGUAUUGCAGACCAAGCCUGCAGUGCUACCCUCCCCAGGGAGCAAACAGAGGCAGGAAGGGCAGGAAGGAGCCGCAGAACUUCUCAAGGGGCCUCAGCUCCACAGCCGGUUCCCGGGGACCCCGCAGGGCGUGCGGAGCAGGUGCAGGCCCGGCUGCAGCUCGUGGAUUUGGCGGGCAGCGAGUGCAUUGGUGUGUCCGGGGUGACCGGGUCGGCCCUGAGGGAGACAGCGUGCAUCAACCGCAGCCUUGCGGCCCUGGCAGACGUCCUGGGGGCUUUGUCAGAGCACCGCGGCCACAUCCCGUACCGGAACAGCAGGCUCACGCACCUCCUUCAGGACUGCCUUGGUAACCGUUUUUCCCAAAAUCCCCCAGGAUGGGGGACCACGUGCCCCAGGACACGUGCACACACGUCCAGCCUGCACGUCCUCGAGGGCCACCAAUGUACCCCCUGCACCUCCUGUGCCCUCGCUGUGGCUAGCUGGCACUCCCACGGCACGCUGGUCAUUCUCCGGCGCUGUCUCACCUCGGCCCGGUUGCUUACUUGUUCGGUCUGUGUGUGACUUGCCUCCUGGUCGGACUCAGUUUCUCAAGGGUGGCAGCCCUGGCCCCUCUCUUCACCAGGGAGUCCACCAGGGCAGCUGAGGGCGCUCUAGGCUGCUGCUGUAUAUGUGGCAUGGGUCCCUCCAGCUGUAUGGACCUGCUUAGGCUGCAAGUUCCUUGGGUCUUUUGGGGGCAAGUGCCAGAAGCCUGGACGCAGCAGAUUAAGCAUCAGUGCCAGGUGGGGCACAGGUGGCCUCCGUGCGGAGUCAUCCAGCUGUGGCUGGAUCUGGGCUUUGCAGUUUGCAGAGGAGCUCAGUUAGUGCCCCCUCCCCCCACUCAGACUCCAGACCGGUUGAAAGGGAGGACCCGAGGAAGCAUUGCUGCUGCAAGGUGGCCUCUGCCAGGGCUGGGCUUCCUGGCUGAGGGUCCAGGCAGAGUCCCCCAGAGGUGGCCCUGGGCCCUGUAGGCCCUGUCCUGAGAAACGGCCACCUCAGGACGGCAGAGGCACGUGGCCACCACAGUGGGGGCUCCUCCUUCCUGGGAGGGUCACCCUGGGAGGUGGUGGAGGGGCCGCUGGUGCUCGGGACUCGGGGAGGCCAGAAUGUUCCAGACACUCUCCCUGUCUCUCAUUGUGAGGUAUUUCCCCCUCUCAUGGCAAACUGGCUUCCUCCACACAGUGAAUAACGGGGCUGUUCACAGAAUCAUAUUUUUGGAUUCUGCCUCUAAGACAGAGACCACCUGGUACUCUUGGAUUCCAAAGCUUGCAGCCCCAACCGAGAGACGGGGCAACCUAGGCUGGGUGGACAGCCCACCGUGAUCUCAGGGGCGGCACCACAGGGCACACAGUGCCCGAGAGCCAGCAGUUCCCUCAGGGAGCCCCGGCCUUCGCCUCUGGGGUCUGCACUUUUCCUCCCCUUAGCUCUCCCUGCCUUCUCCGUUGGUUUUAGUUUCCAUCUGUCCCGCUUAACCCUUGCUACGGGUCCUGAAGAAAAGGAAGUGACAGAAUUCCCCCAGGAGGAGAAGUCCUGGGCACACAGCCCCUACCCCAGUGGAGCCUGAGGGAGCCACAGGGCCGUGAAUAGCAGGUGUGGGCAUGAGGGAGCUCUGGAAAACGCAGUCCCAGGGGGCCGAGCGCACCGCAGGGUCACCUGCAGACUCACCAUAGGGCUGACUUCAUGCCUCCCAAUUCCCGGGACACAGGGGUGUGAGAAGGCCUGCAGCUUCCCUGGGCGAGGGGUGCUAGUGACCGGCUGCUGACCCUCCCGGACCCGGGUGACGGGUGCUAGUGACCAGCUGCUGACCCUCCCAGACCCGGGUGACGGGUGCUAGUGACCAGCUGCUGAUCUCCCAGACCCGGGUGACGGGUGCUAGUGACCAGCUGCUGACCCUCCCAGACCCGGGCAAGGGGUGCUAGUGACUGGUUGCUGACCCUCCCAGACCCAGGUGACGGGUGCUAGUGACCAGCUGCUGACCCUCCCAGACCCAGGCGAGGGCUGUUUUCAGUGACCGGCCGCUGAUCCUUCCAGACCUGGACGAGGGUGCUAGUGACCAGCUGCUGACCCUCCCAGACCCAGGCGCAGGGCUACCAGUGACCGGUUGUUG